AUGGCCUUAAAGACACAGAAGGCAAGAGAUAAUAGUCAGGAGCUGGCAGAAGAGUUGAAAAUUUUAGAGAUGGUUGUAUACAAGUCCAAGAAUGGACAUCGAGGAUCAAGGCUGUUUAGGGAGCUUGUUCAUCUAAAGAGGCUUGGGAAUCUGUUCCUACUCGACAAAUCCAGAAGUAAAAGAGACAAGAUACGUCGGGUAGCUGAGGAACUUUAUGUCCUGGGGACAUCAAACAUUCCAGAGGGACACCUGAUUGGAUACACACUGAUUGUCCUGGGGCUUUCCUCGAGGAUUCAUUAUCUAGCAGGUGGCAUUAGAUGCGACGAAGAAAUUGAUGACAUUGAUGAGAUGUUUGCAGAAAUUGAAUAG